AUAGCAGACCCACGGCUCACUUUGUUCCAUAUAUUUCAAAUUGUGUUCAGUUCCGAAUUUGAAGUCCGCGCCCCUGAUAAAUAUCAGAGUAAAAUUCUUAUUUGGCAAAAACUGUUUAGCGAGGGUUUUAUCCACGUCCGAGGCUUUUUCCAGCUAUUUCUCAUUCGGAUUCUCGCGAGUUCGCCCUAAAUCAUGGACGGUAGGCAUGGACAAAAUCAAGGUCAUGAGCCUGGAGAAGCAACUCAAAGUACUGCCGAUAUGACUGCUUUUGUUCAGAACCUACUCCAGCAAAUGCAAACCAGGUUCCAGACUAUGUCGGAUUCCAUUAUCACAAAAAUUGAUGAAAUGGGAUCUCGCAUUGAUGAGUUGGAGAGAAGCAUUGGGGAACUUACCAAAGAAAUGGGAGUGGAAGUAUCUCAGGCAAAUGCAUUGCCCCCCAGUUCCACCCAAAGCGGUACUCCCAAGUAACAUUCACCCGGAGAGCAAGCCAUUGUAGCAAGAUCUUUAAGAUUUGUCUGGUUUUAGUUAUAUAUGUUUGUAAUGUUGCCUUUAUGGAUUUAAAGGGUUCUAUAUUAAAAUUGUGGCGGGCUUAAGCAUGUAUCACUGGUUACAAUGUGUUGUAAAAUUGCCUUAUUGAAAGACAAUUUUGGUUGUAAAAGUGUAGUACUGAAUGGUUUCUAGAAUCAGGGGAACUUACCAUGUUAUUCUCAGCUUGUGCCGGCAUGGUAAUGGCAUUCACCAACUUUGUAUUUUCUAAGCAGGAAUGAGUGAAAUCAAAGAAAUCCUUGCACAUUACAAUGUGUCUGUUUAAAGUCGAAAUGAUCUCCCACCAGCAUGGGACUAGAGGCAUGCAGUUUUAGUUAGAAUCAGAGUAGUCCCUCCCUGGGCACGCGUAUCCCCGUAUCUGUUCCUGUAUCCAAAACGGAUAAGUAUCCGAUACAGCCAGGAUACAUGUCGAAUACUGUACCCAUGCAUGCCCAAAAAAACCUUGAUUUCCAACCAUGCUAGAGAAUAUGUAAUUUGAUUUUUAAAAAAUUUGACAUAAAUCUUCCUAAAUUUAAUUUUAAAAAUUUUCAUUCA